AUGGAGCCUGCUGAAGUACCUAGUCAGAUAAGCAAAGAUAAUUUUUUAGAAGUUCCUAAUCUAUCUGAUUCUAUAUGUGAUGAUGAAGAAGUUAAAGCUACUGUAAGACCUGGCUUCUCCCCUCAGCCAAGCCGACGAAGUUCUGAGUCUUCUGAAGAUACUUACCUGGAUAACCCAGCUUCAGGCUCCCGAAGAGUUUCCUUUGCUGACAGCCUUGGAUUCAAUCUUGUGUCCAUUAAAGAAUUUGAUAGCUGGGAAUUACCUAGUGCUUCCACAGAGUUUGACUUAAAGAAGGAUAUUUUCCACAAAGAAGAAUAUGUUUUAUCUCCACUCUUUGAUUUGCCAUCUUCCAAAGAAGAGGUCAUGAGACAACUGCAAGUCCAGAAAGCCAUCCUGGAGACUACUGAGUAUCUUCCUGGCUCUACAAGUAUGAAGGGCAUUAUUCGAGUUUUGAAUAUGUCUUUUGAGAAGUUAGUUUAUGUGAGAAUGUCCUUAGAUGACUGGAAGACACAUUAUGACAUUUUAGCAGAAUAUGUUCCUAAUUCAUGUGAUGGUGAAACUGACCAGUUCUCUUUUAAGAUUUCUUUGGUUCCUCCUUAUCAAAAAGAUGGCAGUAAAGUUGAGUUUUGUAUACGUUAUGAAACUUCUGUUGGUACAUUUUGGUCAAAUAAUAAUGGCACAAAUUAUAUAUUGAUUUGUCAAAAGAGAAAACAAGAGCCAGAUCCUGGUAAACAAUUGGAAGAAGUUUCUACUAGACAAAUUAGAGGCUGUUUAAAGGUAAAACCAAGUAAAGAAGAAUCAUCAGUAACAUCACAAGACAACAAUUUUGAGAAUUCCAAUACUACAGGUACCUAUAUCCCAACAAUCAUUUGUUCCCAUGAAGACAUGAAAGACUUGGGAACUAGUCAUCAAAAUGUAAAAGAUAUAAACAGGCAACAUGAUGAACAUAAUGAAAAAGAUUCAGACUUGAUGAUAAAUCAACAUGUAAUAUGUCGAAAUGCUGCUUCCCGAGAUGAAAAGAAUAAAUUUUCAACAGAUCCAGUCCAUUGCAUGAAUAAAACUCGGAGGUCAGAGAAGAUGGAAACUCCCGGUGAAGGAUGUGCUGAAUUGUUCAAAAGGCCUUUGUCAUUAAGUUCCUCAGCAGAAAGCUCCUUCAAAGGAGAGGUUUACUACGGCAACAGAUAUACCUCAGGAAGUGAGGGUACCCAUCAACCUUUGGAGGAAAUCAAGUCAGAUGUGGGAGAAACAAGACCAUUUUUGGGAGAUACUGGACAAAAUGAAUUUAUGCACUUGGACACCAUCAGCAAAGAAGUCCUGGAUGAUAAUGCCAACCCAGCCCAUGAGAUUGGCAGAACACAGAUACCCUGUGCCUUCCCAGGUCAAAUAAUGGCAGGUGACCUUGACAAGAAUCCUAAAGAAGGAACAAAGAAAAUCGGAAUAAAAGAUUGGGAAUGUUUUAGAGGAGACUUCUGCUCAGAUGUAUCCAUACAUGGGAAAGAAUCCAAUGUAUCUCACAAAGAUGACUAUGGCAAGGGGAAAGUUGAGAAGGAUCAAAAAACAUGUCUGGAUGUUAAUGAGAAACAAAGCCAACAUUUGCAAUUAAUCUUACAUGAUCAAGAAAGAAAAAUGGGCCACCCAACCAUAAGUAUGGAAGAGACUGCAGGUCAUAAGGAAGCCUUCAUUGGUCUGCCAAGCAAAGAUCACACAGUUCUGUCAAAGGCCACCACAAAAGAUCAGUUUUCCUCAAUAAGGACAAAGGUAAAUUGGGAAGGAGAACAUGCCACUAUAGGACAAAUUCCUAGUCAAGUUGGCUCACCCCAAAAUGAAAGUGUAUUGAGAGAUGAUUACCUUUUACAAGUUGAUAGAAAAAAAUCUGAUUUUACUAAUACUGAAGAUGAGAAUAAGAACACACAGCAUCAAAAUUGGAAUGUUCUGGAAAGUCCGGGAAAAGGAGGGAGUAAAAGAAAUAUAACUGAACAGAUCAAAGAACAAGGAGAUUGUAAAGGCAUGCAGGGGAAGAGAGAUAACAUGUCGAGUUUGAAAAGUCCUCCUACUGAACAAAUGUUUACCUGCCAAGAAACAGACGGCUAUGAACUGUCUUCUCUCGCUGAUGGUGGGAUCACCCAGAAAGCACAAGCAGUUGCAGCUUAUAUAAUUAAGACAACAUUAGAAAGUACUUCAGCAAGCAUGUCUGCUAGAGGAAACGGAAUAAUUGCUCAGUUACCUCCAGAGACAGCACGAAGUGACAGGCCCACCGAGGUAAAAGAAACAGCGUUUGAUCCACAUGAAGGGAGAAAUGAUGAUUCACAUUAUAACCUUUGUCAACGAGCAUCAGCAGGUAUAAUCCAUGACAAGGAUUUUUUAAAAGAGUCACAUUUAGAUAUUUGUAAUAUACAUGUAGGUGAAAUGGAGAAGGAGGAAACCAUGUCUACGUACCAUCCUGGGAAGAGACUUGACAGGGAGACAGGAGGAUUCAGAAAUACAGCAUGGGGAAAGCAGUCCUCACAGGUCAGUACAGGCAAGCAGCAAGUGACAUCCAAACUGGAUUCAAGUUCAGGAGUGUUAUCAACAGACAAAAGCAUAUUCAUAGGAAAUAGAGCUCAUGGACAGGCCCAAGAAUUAUCAAGGCAAGCAGAAUUAGAUGCAGUUGUCCAUUCUGCUUUUAACUUGGACACAACCAGAGCUUUUCAGAGUGGCUCACAGGCAAUUACUGAAGAGAAAACCGUUACUACCAUGAUGUUACAGUCUAUUCCUUCUAAGACAGAUUACAAUUGUAAUCCAACAGAUGAAAUCCAGGGCCAAGCUGUGUCUAAACCUAAAGAUGUUUCCACACGUUCAGAUAUAAUGCCAGGUAGUAGAAAACAGAGACACAUGGGCCAGAUUUUCCAAGGAGGAGAAUUCAGCAAGGAAAACUCUCUAGGGCCAAUGAUUUUAACCAAUGAACCUCUUGAUAAUGUGGAUGAGGUAAGGCAUGAAAAUGAAGGCUCCAUGAGUGCUGGACAGUCACGAUGCUCUUCAGGUGACAAGGGAUCUGAGAGCUGUGUUUUUAGUGGCCUUGCUGUCCAGGAGAGUCAAGGUCAAAGGAGCGAAUCUGUGCUUUCAAAGUACAUCAACUCUAAAAUACCUUAUUGCCUUUUGUUUCUGAUAUUUCUUGUAACCAUCUAUUACUAUGAUUUAAUGAUAGGCUUGGCAUUCUACCUUUUUUCACUGUAUUGGUUAUACUGGGAAGGGGGGAGGCAAAAGGAAUCCAUCAAAAAGAAGUGA